UCUGUCGAAGGAAGGCGGCGGCAGCAACAGCAACAGCAGCAGCAGCAGUAGCAGCAGCAGCAGCAAUCUCGAUGCACCAUGAGUUUCGCCGAAGAUGUUGCUGAGACGAGAGGCAGCCUUUCCCCGUCCGCUACCCACACUAUCCAGUACUUGCCCGCACACCAUCGCCGCACAAUGGGCACAUUGCAGAAGGACAUAGAAGAGGGAACCCAGCUUUGAGGCAAGCAUUUUACACGAUCCUUCGCUGCGUUUCAAUGCAGACCUGAAACCCCAGCUGUGUGUGCAUUGUCAGUGACGACUCGCUCUCCAAACCUGAAAGAGAGCGAGAUAUAUAUAGAGAGAGAGAGAUACUUCAUGGUACAAUGAAAACCACCAGGAAAUGUAGAGCCUUGCUGGCGGUGGGCUUAAACUUAGUGGCUCUCUUCUUCUCCACGACUGCUUUCGUCACAACCUACUGGUGCGAGGGCACCCAGAAAGUGCUCAAACCAAACUGUAACAAGGUCACCAAAUUAAACUGCAUCAACCUUAACGGCAGCCGAGUGGCGAACAACUCCAAUUCCAACCUGCCCCAAUACAGCUGGGAUACCGGGGACGACAAGUUUUUCUUUCGCUACUUCCACACCGGCAUUUGGUACUCCUGUGAAGAGAACAUAAACGGCAUCGGUGAAGAGUGCCGGAAUUUUAUUGAUUUGGCUCCUGCAUCUGAGAGAAGUGUUCUCUGGUUGGCACUCAUCUCCGAAGUUUUAUAUAUCGUGCUCUUAGUAGUUGGGUUCAGCCUGAUGUGCCUGGAGCUCUUCCAUUCGAGCAACAUGAUUGAUGGCCUCAAACUGAACGCAUUUGCUGCAGUCUUCACCGUUCUUUCAGGACUUCUAGGAAUGGUGGCUCACGUGAUGUACACGCAAGUGUUCCAGGUGACAGUGAGUCUUGGACCUGAGGACUGGAGACCACACUCCUGGGACUAUGGGUGGUCAUUCUGUCUCGCAUGGGGAUCCUUCACCUGUUGCAUGGCAGCCUCGGUCACCACGCUGAACUCCUACACCAAGACGGUCAUCGAGUUCAGGCACAAGCGCAAACUCUACGAGCAAAGCCUUCGAGAAGAGCAGAUGUUCAUCGAUCACGAGGCCAUCAACUACUUCCGAGAGAGGUCCCUCCAGUCAAUCUCCAGCUCGGUGGAGGUCUUUGCGGACCCCAUCACUCACACAAGUAAAUCGCUGAUGCAGGGCACAUCAAUGGACUUGAGUGAAAUCCCAGAGGUACUGGGAGAGGACCAGUGUUAAACACCAUCUGAUGCUGAAUCCUGAGAGACAAUAUCUCUGCUCUAAACUCCCACCUGUAGACCAAGUAAACGUAAAGGUUAGACUGCACUAUCCCCUUUGUCAGUGUACAUCAGCUGUAUUGAUGUUUAAAAUGCGUUGAUGAACGGGAAAUAAUAAAACAAUACAUCAAUAUAGAAUGCGUACAAUAACGAUUUUUAUAUUUUUAAUAGGGUUGUAUAAUAUAUUAUUGUAAUGUAAACUUAUUUAUUUUCAACCAAAUGUAUCAAUAUAUGUCCUGGACCAUAUGCAUAUGUAUUUAAUGC